AUGAAUAUGUUGGAUGAUGAAGAUGACCAAAGCUUUCACGCUACGCGUGACGGCUACUCCCAUUUGAGCGAUGUCGAAUGGGAUGCGGUUGAACGAAUGGGUUCGACCAUAGGCAUCCAUGCUGUUAGCGUCAUGCUAGAGGCUCUCAAUAGAGAUGCCCAACAUGCUACUAUCGCCAAGUUCAUUCAAAAUGAACUUGACGCAGAACGCGAGAAAGUAGCCUUGCUUCACCAACAAGGUUCUCAACAAGCAGAGUUGUUGAGAGAACAGGGUGCUCAACAGUUUGAACUGUUGAGACAGCAGCAGGCUGCUGCUGGUGGGUCGAUGCACUCGCGUUUACCCGAGACUUUGAAGAUUGACAUCUCAAAGUAUAGGGGGGUCGAAGAGGACUCUUGA